GCAAAUGGGACAACUUUUUUGGAUACAACCCUGAAGAUUUAGAAACCAUUGGAUCAGAUGUGUGAAGUAUUAUAGCUUGUUGUCAGGGGCUUUUGCGCGUCUAUUUAUUUGAACGCAUUUAUAAAAAAAACUCUAAGCCGUGUGAGACGUAUACAUAUACGGAAGAGCUGUUUCGGGAAAACGGGAAGUUAAGUAAUGGGUUAAUGCCCGCGACAAGAAACCUCGUUCGACUUCAUACCGGAACUACCUACUACAUCUGUGUUGCGUGUGUAACCCUUUGGAGCUGUAGUCCUUCUUGACCAAUCCAUAUUCAGACACAUUUUGAAGGACACUUCAAGCGGCCAUUCAGCUGCGACCUGUGCAAAGCAUGUCGGAUCUUCAUUGUGUUUAGAACGUGUGGCGCGUUUCCCCUCACCAUCUCUCCAGUCUCGCUUCCAGUUUUCUGCUGCCUGCUGAGGGGACCUAUAAACGAGGGAGCUGGCGGCGGCGGCGGCGGCGGCCCGGCGGCUCCCCCAGAAAUCCUGUCUGUUGUUUCCUCGAGAGGAAGAGAAGGGGGGCAGUUAUCUUAGGAGAGGCGGAAGGUCCCGCUUCCCAGAAAGCCAAGAGGGAACAAUGCAAAGGGCUUCACGACUGAAGAGAGAGCUGCAUUUGCUAACUACACAGCCACCAACAGGAAUUACUUGCUGGCAGAAUGGAAGUUGCAUAAAUGAUCUUCGAGCCCAAAUAUUGGGUUUUGCAGAUACACCAUAUGAAAAAGGAAUUUUUGACUUGGAAAUUGUUGUGCCUGAAAGGUAUCCAUUUGAACCCCCAAAGAUACGCUUUCUGACUCGUAUCUACCAUCCCAACAUUGACUCGGCUGGAAGAAUUUGCCUGGAUGUUCUCAAAUUACCACCCAAGGGUGCAUGGAGGCCAUCUUUGAAUAUUGCUAGUUUGCUGACCUCCAUACAGAUGCUUAUGAAUGAACCCAACCCUGAUGAUCCUCUCAUGGCUGACAUAUCCUCUGAGUAUAAAUAUAACAAGCAAACAUUCCUCAGAAAUGCCAGACAAUGGACAGAGAAGUAUGCAAGCCAGACAACAAUGACUUUGGAAAUGACAGAUGAAGAGAACCAUCAAAGGGAAGCUAACCCACCCAAAGAUUCUAAUAUUUCUCAGAAAAGGAAAGGAAGCAGUAUCAGUGGAUUGUCCAAAAAAUCUCGCUCAGAAACGUAGAAGCUUUGCUGCUGGGCAGUGUUCCAGUCUCUACCUAAGUACUCCUGUUCCGGGAUCCAGCCACCAGCCAUGCCAUCCUCAGAGGAGCCAAGCUGAAAAUCACCAGUUGUGAAUAUACCUUUGAAGAAAUUGCUACAGAUCACUUUAUAUACCCAUAGCUACUACUAUACUCCCACUACAAAAUAAGCAAUUAUAUGGAUAUAUAACACAUUUCAGAAAUAUAAUUUUAUUCAUAGAUGACCAAAAAUGCAUUAAACAUUAAAAAUACAAACCUACCUUCCCACUGCAUCCUCAUUUUGAGUUUAGAAUGUAUCAGUUGGAUUUGUAUUUUUUUUUUUUUACAAAAGUUACAUACAAGCUGUGCUUGAGGAAAAAUCAAACACUCUCAUAUCGAGAAGACUGGAUAGUGUCUUUAUUA